AUGGAAAUAUCGAUAUUUUCUAGUGAUAGUGAUGAUAGUGAUUUGGAUGUGUUGGCUCAGUUAUCCGAUUGGGAUACUGAUAGCGACGCUGAGGAUAGACACCGCGCUUCUUCACAAAAAUUAGAAGAGUUAACGACAUGCAGAGCCUGGAUGAUGCCGAGUUCACGUUUAGAUUUAGCUGACUUUGUUGGAGUCUCUAUAUCGACAGCUGGCAGAAUAGUUCGUGAUAUAUCAUCAGCAAUUGCCAACUUGUAUGAUGAAUAUAUUUUAGUGCACCAACAAAGUGCUGAAAAAUUCUAUCGUAUUGAAGGAUUUCCUAGAGUUCUUGCAUCAAUUGAUUGCACUCAUAUACAAAUCCAAUCGUCAUCACAAUGUGAUGUGGGUCUGUUUGGUAACCGCUGGAUGCUUAGUGACGGCGCUUAUCCAAACAGGCCAUAUUUGUUAACACCUAUUAUAAAUCCUGUUACUGAAGCUGAAAAGCGCUAUAAUGAAGCACACAUAAAAAAUAGAAAUGUUAUUGAAAGGAGCCACAAUUUAGAGGUUGUUCCUUCAGAAGUGGAGCUGCCAACAGCGGAAAUAAAUGAUGAAGUGUACUAUACGGAACUUCAAGAUGCUAGUGAAAGAGCAGCCCUUAUAAAUAAUUAUUUUAUAUAA